UUUGAAAACUCAUCCAGUAUGUUGCAAUUAGGAAAUCUUGGUGCUGGUCACUUGCCUGUGUUCCUGGCUAUGCUGGGCACUUUAAUGCUUGGAUCGACUUAUGUGGUAGCUGUGUACCGCGGUGAUGUUGACCCACUUUUUCCGUAUAUAUCAGCGGAAGGUGAUCGCAGACCGGAAUCAUGUCUCUUCAGUAUGAUGCUCAAUUUGUCCUCCUUUCUUACGAUGCUUAUUAUUUAUCUUCGAUAUUCUUUGGUUUCUGAACUGAAUCGAAGUUCAGAUCUGUGUUUGAAACGGAUUAAUGAAUUAUCACUUGUUGCCGGUUUGAUUGGAGCUGUUGGCAUGUUUUGCGUCGCAAACUUUCAGGAAACAGCUCUGCUGAUUGUUCAUUGGACAUCAGCAUUCGUUUGCUUCGGUUCAGGUUGCAUAUAUAUGCUAAUACAAUCUUAUAUUACCAUCCAUAUGUAUCCGCUCUAUGCAAAUCGCCAUAUUGGUUUCGUACGGUCUUUUAUCGCGUUGAUUGCGGUCAUCUCCUUCUGUACUGGUACACUUUUCUUUAUAGACUCGUAUCCACAUAGAUAUCCUCGUAUGAUGUCACUUAUUCAAUUUGAUGAGGGUUACGAUUUACACUGUAUUUCUGCCGUAUCUGAAUGGGUACUCGCUAUAAGUAACUUUGUUUUUCUUUUGAGUUAUUCACGAGAUUUCGAGAAGAUACAAGUGGAGUUGGGAGUUCAACCGUUAGUUGCUCAUCUUGAUCAAAGUCCCUUAUGGCGAUCGGCUACUGAUCUCAGUCUAUCGUCUGGCUGA